AUGCAAUUUCUUAAAAAACUUCUCUCUACUACUAUUAUAUUUACUGCAAAAAUGGAUGCUGCUAAAGCUGAUAUUGAAAAAAUAAAAGAAGCUACAAAAGGAAUAAAAGACGAGGAUAAAGCACAAAUAGCUCAAGGUCCAACUAUAAACUCAAGUGAACGUGUUGAGACUGCAGUUAAAUCUGGUAUUGCUACAAUGAAACAAGACGAGCAUGCUCAUAAAGCUGAACAACACAAAAACAAACAUAAUGCCAAAGUUGAAUAG